UUUUUUUUCAGAACAAGAGGAAGAGAAGAAGGGAAGGUGAAAAUAAAUAAUUUGUUUCAUUCGGGUCUAAGGUGGUGUUGGCAUUUUUCUAGAUGUUCGGCGAAUUUUAGACAUUCGUUGUGUACAGUUGAAGUGUAUCAUAAGACAUAUUUAAUAAACAAUGUAUUUAAUUCGUGAUGUGAAAAGUUUUAGGUUUACAAUUUUUCUUCAUUUAGUAGUAUGUUAUCUAUGUAAUAACCCAACAAACAGUGGAGCCGUUUCCCUAACGCAUGCCACUGUAGAUGCAACCUUAGCUUCAAAUGAGUUAGUAUUCAUCAACUUCUAUGCAGACUGGUGCCGGUUCAGCAACCUGUUGGCGCCAAUAUUCGAUGAGGCCGCAGACAAGGUUGCGGAGGAGUUCCCCAACGCUGGUCAAGUCGUCAUGGGAAAAGUAGACUGUGAUAAAGAAAGUGAUAUAGCAUCAAGAUUCCAUAUAACCAAGUAUCCAACAUUAAAAGUGAUACGAAACGGACAACCGGCCAAGCGAGAAUACAGAGGUCAGCGCUCUACAGAAGCUUUUGUGGACUUCAUCAAGAAGCAGCUGGAAGACCCUAUCAAGGAAUUCCAUGAUCUGAAUGAGCUGAAAAAUUUGGAUUCCAAGAAGAGGAUAAUCAUUGGCUUCUUCGAUAGAAAAGAUGUUCCCGAGUACACGACGUUCAGGAGAGUAGCCACAAAUCUUAAAGACGAUUGUCAGUUCCACGUCGGGUUCGGGGACGUGGUGCGGCAGAUGCACCCACCAGGGCAGCCGAUUGUUGUGUUUCGGCCGGAUGUGGCUCUAUCCAACGAGCGCGAUGAGACUUUCAACAAUUCCCUCCUCAGUUACGACGAGACCAACGUGUGGAUGUCGGAGAAGUGUGUGCCACUCGUGCGUGAGAUCACAUUCGAGAACGCUGAGGAAUUGACGGAGGAAGGCCUUCCAUUCCUGAUACUCUUCCACAAACCAAACGACGCUGACACCGUCAAACGCUUCAAGGACAUCUGCCAGAUGUUGGCAGCGGAGAAACAAAAUAUCAAUUUCUUGACGGCUGACGGAGUGAAGUUCGCCCACCCGCUGCAUCAUUUGGGAAAGUCCCAAGACGAUCUGCCGCUGAUUGCUAUUGACAGUUUCCGCCACAUGUACAUGUUCCCGGACAUCCGGAAUAUGGACAAGCCCGGAGUGUUGUUGAGCUUCAUCAAGGACCUGUACUCGGGCAAGUUGCACAGAGAGUUCCACUACGGUCCUGAUACCAACGAGGUGUUACAAGUGGAGGGGAAAGUGGGGGGCCUGCCCUCGACCACACCUCCCGAGUCCACGUUCAAGAAACUCGGCCCGUCCAAGAACAGAUACACGCUGUUGCGCGACGAACUGUGAACGCUCCCCACACAUCACCUCACUCGGACACUACUGUCUACUGUGUUCGUCACUCCUUUCUGUACAUACCUUCCCUUUGUGUUUUAUGUAUCGUGUGUUUUCACCAAGAGUGUUGGUAACUGUGUAAAACCGUGAGGCUGUGUAUUGGUUGGAUGCUGUGUAUUAUUUGUAGUUAAGUUCUCGAGCGCUAAAUAUUUCAGCCCUUUUCCGACUCUAUUUUAGAUUCCACAUCGGUUUUGAGAUGACUUAUUCGUACCAUGCAAUCAUACUAGUUGCGGAUUAUUCAUAAUAACAAUUUUUUUUUGUUUCACAGCUCCUCUUUGCUAUAAUUAAAAAAAACCAAUCCCUUGUAAAAAAUGAAUGUUCUAAUACCUAAUGUUUUACAAACCGAAUAGCAUAUUAAAUCAUAAACAUAUAUCACAAAUAAUAAAAGUGUUUGUACAUAAAUACUGAAAAUUUGUACUCGUAUUUUUUCUAUUUAAGUUCAAUGUACACAAAAUAUAUAAAUAGUUUUCUGAAUAUAAUUAAUACUAAUUGGACAUUGUAGUGCAAUGCAACCUGAAUCUCACUAAUUUCUCUCUUCGCUUUUAAUAUUUUUGUUUCCCUUUGAGCAUAAAACUCGAAAUUACUUCACUAUUUGAAACUAUAACUUUUAUUCACUACAACUAAUUGUUAAAAUCGAUAAAAAAACAUUAACAGAUAAUGAGUCUUGAUCUAAAUAGGUCUUGGUGAAAACAUAACUUAUAAUUUGUGUUGUGUCGGAAUACUAAACUAUAUAAAACCUUUCUGUCUAAUUUUAUCAGUGUUUAUAUUCUUUCAACUGUUUAGAAGUUUCAGUUGUCGUAUUAGUAGGUAUUUGUUAGGACUUUUGUCAACUUAAAGGAUUUAUUUGAUCUACUUAAUAAAUGUUCAAAAGCCAUGUUAGGUAAUGAGUAAAUGUAUUUUUUUAUUUUGCCAUUUAAAUAGUAAAGUCUUAAGUAUAUUUUAUUUAAUGUUGAAUAUGGUUUUUGAUCUCUUAGUUCUUUUCCUCAAAAUUGAUUUGUUGUUGUGUACAAAUUAGCAUCAUUUAUAGAUUGUAGUGUUGAUAAGUUAAGGUUUGAAUUAAAAUCUCCCGUACAGGAUAAUAUAUCAAGAGUGUUGUAUGGUAAAUUUAAUGUCAUAAUAAAUUGGGAUUUUUGUCCAAAUUGAUUAGCAAACCAUGAUCCUUGUUUAUUGUUAUAACUGUAAAGUACAACUAGAUAACAAACAAUGGAAAUAUUAAGUUUGAAUAAUUGAAAACUUCUGUCUUUCCCAACAGUUUAAAAAUAUUAUUUUUUAGUUUAAUAUAUAAGGUACAAUGGUACAAAAAACAUUGAGUUAGAAGGAAUAGGAAAUUCUAUAGUUUUUAAUAAACCUUUAUAAGUAUAAAGUAUUAAACGUCUUUUGUUUGUUAAAUGCAAA